AUGAGCGACUCUAGCCAACACAUCGAUUUUAAACUUUACCGAUAUACACCUUCUGUCGCGGCCGCUGCGAUCUUCAUCGCCUUGUUUAUCAUAACGACUGUCUUCCAUCUUUGGCAGCUUAUCAGAAGCCGCUCUUGGUACUUCAUUGCAUUCAUCCUGGGAGGAAUAUUCCAGAUAAUUGGAUAUAUAGCACGGGCUUUGUCACAUGCGAACACCGAGAGCGUGCCCAUCUAUUCAAUUCAAACAAUCCUCAUUCUAUUGGCCCCCCCGUUAUACGCUGCAUCUAUCUAUAUGGUUCUUGGGAGACUGAUUGUGCAUCUUCGUGCCGAAAGUUACAGCAUGGUACCAUUAAAAUGGAUGACUGGCAUUUUCGUCACGGGUGAUGUGAUAGCAUUUGUGAUGCAGGCAGCAGGAGGAGGAAUCAUGGCGAGCGGUACGAUCGAUGCAAUGAAAUCCGGAGAACAUAUUACGAUAGGUGGUCUAUGUGUUCAACUGGUAUUCUUCACAUUUUUCGUGCUCACAUCGGUUAUUUUCCAUGUCCGCAUCCGCUCAGGUCCGACGCAGCAGGCGGUUGAAGCGAGACAAGACCACGGCCUGUGUAUCGUCCGCAGCUGGGAGUCCGUUCUUUGGGGACUGUACAUUGCCAGCAUUCUGAUUUUAAUACGAUCGGUCUUUCGUCUCAUCGAGUAUGCACAAGGAAAUGAUGGCUAUCUUAUCAGCCACGAAGCAUUCAUGUAUGUUUUUGACGCGACAUUGAUGUUCUUUGCGAUGGUGGCGAUGAAUGUGCUUCACCCGUCCGUGAUAUUGUCCUUGACCCAUAAAGCUGGUCGCGGGUCGAUGGAGGCUUUGAGAUCUCUCUAG